AUGGGCAGCUGUGGAAGCUCUCUCAACUGCAACAAAUGUUACGCCAGUGAACCCAUUGAUGGUUGUAACACUGAGAUCGAGGUAGAUCCCGAUAUUGCGGGCAUCGGAGUGUUGAUAUCUUUCCUCUUCUGCGCUUAUAUGCUCUCCGCCGUCAUUGUCUGGGGAUACUACAAUGAGUGCUUGCCCAUCGACAUACUUUCCCGCACCGAUCAUUACGCACUGCAGGCACUCAAGAAGCUGCGUCGCCCUUUCACCGAAGCUGAUCUUCAUUUCAAGCCUACGCCAAAGCAGAAAGAGAGGACUCAGAUUAUCGUUGGAUUUGCCACAGUCUUAAGCGACCAACAACUUAUUACCGGUGUUGCGAUCCUAAUCGCGGGACUCGCUAGUCGGUGCCGCAUCACCUUCUAUGAGUUCAACAUCGUCACCUAUCUAGCGUACUUCGCGACCGUCACACAUGCGCUCUCUCUGGGGGUGCUUCAAAGUCAUCUCUACUACCGUAAGCUCGUUCGCGACUGCCGAGUUGUGUUUACCGUUGGGUUUCUGGCAAUCUUCGCCUUCUCCUUCAUCAUCAAUACUGUUUCAACUAAUUUUGACGAAGUCAUAUCGAAGACUACCUUAAACGUAGGAAAUGUGCUCCAGUGUCUCUUCGAAGCGUCGCGUUUCGGCAAGUCAAUCCAAUUCGAUUUGGUCGAGUCAAUUCUCAUCCUGGGACUUGUGCUUGUCAACCACACCUUCGCUAUCGCAAACCUGUUCUUCGAACCCGGAACAAGUGCGCUGAGCGUGUGGAUUCAAUCGUUUUACGCAGGUUGUCUUCGUCUCAAAGGUUUCUCGAAAGUAGACGCUAGCGCAAUGGUCAUCAAGGCCGAUGCCAAAUACUACGCCUGGCUACGUCCACCGGUUACAACUACAAAAAGGACGAACAUAUCGAUAUGGUUCUUCUUCGACAGAUACUACGACUCGUACAUAUCCAUGCUUCCGGAGAUUAUACUGGGCAUGACCUAUGGCACCGGCAGUGUUGUACUCGCUCCGCAGUUGAAGUCAUCAAUGGUCCAUCUCACACCUCUGUACCUGAGUCCAAAGGUCUCAUUGAUCGGCCUUGGACAGUACUAG